GCGCACACUUCCCCCAUUAUUAAACACUAUGUUCAAAAGGCGCCGGGGGACUUCCCGGAGCCACGGAGCCCGCGCCGCCCGCCCGCCUGGCCCACGGAGUCCAUGGACCUGAGUGCCGCCGCCGCGCUGUGCCUCUGGCUGCUGAGCGCCUGCCGCCCCCGCGACGGGCUCGAGGCGGCCGCCGUGCUGCGAGCGGCGGGGGCAGGGCCGUCCGGGAGUCCGGGGGGCGGCGGCGGCGGCGGCGGCCGGACCCUUGCUCGGGCCGCGGGCGCCUCCGCUUCGCUGGUCGCCGCUGUUCCCGGGGCUCGCGCAGCGCGCCGCGCCGCCGGCUCCGGCUUCAGGAACGGCUCGGUGGUGCCGCACCAGUUCAUGAUGUCGCUUUACCGGAGCCUGGCCGGUCGGGCUCCGGCCGGGGCAGCCGCCGCCUCCACCUCGGGCUCUGGCCGCGCGGACACAAUCACCGGCUUCGCAGACCAGGCGACCCAAGACGAACCAGUUGCCGAGACCGGCCAAAGCUUUUUGUUCGACGUGUCGAGCCUUCCGGACGCUGAUGAGGUGGUGGGCGCGGAGCUGCGCGUGCUGCGCCACGACUCUCCGGAGCUGAACCCUGGCAGCGCGACUCCCCCGCCGCUGCUCCUACUGUCCACGUGCCCCGGGGCCGCCCGUGCGCCCCGCCUGCUGCACUCAAGGGCAGCAGAGACCCUGGGUGGCGCGCGCUGGGAGGUCUUCGACGUGGCGGACGCCGUGCAGCGCCACCGUCGGGAGCUGCGCGCCACGCGCGCCUUCUGCCUCUUGCUGCGCGCAGAGGCCGGUCCCGCUCGGGGUCCGCUGGCACUGCGGCUGCUGGGCUUCGGCCCGCGGGGCGGGGGCGGCUUGGCGGCGGAGGAGCGAGCGCUGCUCGUGGUCUCCUCCCGCACGCAGAGGAAGGAGAGCCUGUUCCGUGAGAUCCGUGCCCAGGCCCGCGCGCUCGGGGCUGCGCUGGCGGCAGAGCCGCCUCCUGACCCGGGACCCGACACCGGCUCGUCGUCGUCGCUCAUCGGUGGUCGCAGGCGGCGGCGGACGGCACUGGCCGGGACGCGGGCGGCGCAGGGCAGCGGCGGGGGCGCGGGCAGGGGCCACGGGCGAAGGAGCCGCAGCCGUUGUAGCCGCAAACCGCUGCACGUAGACUUCAAGGAGCUGGGCUGGGACGACUGGAUCAUCGCGCCGCUGGACUACGAGGCUUACCACUGCGAGGGCGUCUGCGACUUCCCGCUGCGCUCGCACCUCGAGCCCACCAACCAUGCCAUCAUUCAGACGCUGCUCAACUCCAUGGCGCCCGACGCGGCGCCGGCCUCCUGCUGCGUGCCCGCGCGCCUCAGCCCCAUCAGCAUCCUCUACAUCGACGCCGCCAACAACGUGGUCUACAAGCAAUACGAGGACAUGGUGGUGGAGGCGUGCGGCUGUAGGUAGCAUGGGGACCAGGCCGGGCCAGGUAGGGGGCAGCCGCACCACCAAGGGCCCCCUGCUGAAGACCAGCUGUGGGCCGGGCCUGUCAACCAAACGUGGGUGCUCAUCGGACUCUGGCGGCGCGCCGUCGCAGAGGAGGGAGAGCACACGUUCACACACACCAACGAUCACACCCACACACUUGUUCACUCAUGCACACAUUUCGGUGGUCGGCGUCGGGGCCCUGGGAAGAGAUGAUGUGAAGCUACCGAGUGUCAUAGCCAUGCGCACCCUGCAAACAGAUCCUCAUUGCGUCUACUGCCCCCUUUUGGGGAGAGAGGAUGGUGUUUGUGUUCGUCACAGUUAACAGGUUCCCAGCUGGGUCAAAACGGGUUAGGGACUCGGAAGUUCCAGAAUGGGCGAACUCAAGGGGUACCGAAACAAGUUUUUUUCUCACCGUUUUUUGUUUCUGGUGAAAGUGGGACACGGUCUGGCUAGGUGGCCGAGUUUUUGGCUUUGCACCCUGGGACCAACUUAAGGGCAGAAAUGCCAUUUCUGGAGGUUUGCGUUGCAUCCGGGCUAUUUACUCUGGGAAUGAACCUCUGCAAAAGGUAUAUUUUUCCUUUGGUCUAAAAAAUCUAACGUGCCCCCCCAGUUUUGAAAGGGCACAUUUGUCGGGAAGAACGCAC